AAUUUCGAGUUUGUAUGUCGUAGCGAAAGAGUGGCUAUGGCUAUGGUGGUGGUAAUGACCCCUUCCCUUGCCGUCGUCGUUUCUCAGCUCAAGAAACAAUCCUUUCUUCGGUAAACCACAGAAAUCGUGUUUCUCACAGAAUUAUAUGCUUAUAAAUGGCGUGGUGGAAGCUAGGAAAGAAGAGAAUAUAUAUGAAUUUCACUAGAGCUUUGACUACAAUGCCAGUUAGGCAUGUGGCAGGGUCAAGCUUUACACCUAUCUUUGUGGCACAAUCUAUUUAUGCAUCAGCAAGAUGCAUGCCAGAUUUCAUCAGCCAGUCAUCUCUUGGAAUGGCUGGUUUUUGCAGUGGGACUAAAGAAUGUGGAAUACGGUGCUUCCAUUCUAGCUCUCAAGUCUGGGCAAGUGUUGAUGAAUUUGGUUUGAAGACCCAAAGGAAGGAAAAGUAUGUGAGAAGGGACAGAAGCCAACCACCUGUUGAAGCUCCAUAUGUCCCUCGUAAUGUCCAAGCUAUCAAAUCUAAUCCUGACAAAACAGUAGAAAUAUUUGAAGGCAUGACCCUUGUUGAACUGGCAAAGCGUACUGGAAAAUCAAUAUCUUCUUUGCAGGAUAUCCUCACAAAUGUUGGUGAAAAGAUUGAAUCAGAGUUUGAGCCUCUGGGCAUGGAUAUUGCAGAGCUUGCUGCAAUGGAGGUUGGUGUCAAUGUCAAGAGGCUACAUUCAGCUGAAGGUGCAGAAAUUUUACCACGUCCUGCAGUUGUAACAGUGAUGGGUCAUGUUGAUCAUGGUAAAACUUCUCUUCUUGAUGCUUUGCGUCAAACAUCAGUGGCAGCCAAGGAGGCUGGUGGCAUAACUCAGCAUCUAGGUGCUUUUGUGGUGGUCAUGCCUACAGGAGCUGCAAUCACAUUUCUUGACACUCCUGGUCAUGCUGCAUUUAGUGCAAUGCGGGCAAGAGGCGCAGCAGUCACAGAUAUAGUAGUGCUAGUUGUUGCUGCUGAUGAUGGCAUGAUGCCUCAAACACUGGAAGCCAUGUCCCAUGCAAAGGCAGCUAAUGUACCAAUGGUAGUUGCAAUUAAUAAAUGUGAUAAACCAGGUGCAAAUCCUGAAAGAGUAAAACUGCAGCUUGCUUCAGAGGGUUUGGUGCUGGAGGAGAUGGGUGGGGAUGUUCAGGUUGUUGAAGUCUCAGCAACUGCAAAAACUGGAAUGGAUAACCUAGAGGAAGCUUUACUCCUUCAGGCUGAUAUGAUGGAUCUGAAAGCACGAUUUGAUGGGCCUGCUCAAGCAUAUGUGGUGGAAGCAAGACUUGACAAAGGACGGGGUCCAUUGGUAACUACUAUAGUGAAGGCAGGGACUCUAGUUUGUGGCCAGCAUGUGGUUGUAGGCUCACAGUGGGGAAGAAUAAGAGCUAUUAAAGAUAUGGCAGGGAGGUUAACUCAGCGAGCAACACCUGCAAUGCCUGUUGAGAUUGAAGGGCUUCGAGGGCUACCGAUGGCUGGUGAUGACGUUAUCGUUGUUCAGUCCGAGGAGCGAGCUAGAAUGCUUAGUUCUGGUAGGAAAAAGAAAUCUGAGGAGGACAGGCUUAGGAGUAAGAUGAUCCAGGACAAGCCAACUACUUCAGAUGAUUCUGAGGAGGUUCCGCAGUGGGUUGAAAUGCCAGUAAUAGUAAAAGCAGAUGUUCAGGGAACUGUUCAAGCUGUCACAGAUGCAUUGAGAACUUUAAAUAGUUCUCAGGUUUUUGUGAAUGUUGUCCAUGUUGGCGUCGGGCCUAUUUCUCAAUCUGAUGUGGACUUAGCACAGGCUUGUGGUGCAUGCAUUGUAGGAUUCAAUGUCAAGAGUCCACCUACUUCUCUGAACCAGGCAGCCACUCGUGCCAGUAUAAAGGUAAUUAGGCACAGCGUAAUUUACCACCUCUUGGAGGACAUAGGCAAAUUGAUAAUAGAGAAGGCCCCUGGGACUUCUGAGACCAAGGUAGCUGGACAGGCAGAAGUGCUGAAUAUCUUUGAAGUCAAAGGUAGCAAGUCCAAGGGACCUGAUGUUAAGAUAGCUGGUUGUCGGGUUGUUGAUGGUUUUCUGAGCAGUUCAGGAACCAUGAGGCUUCUUAGGAGUGGGGAAGUUGUGUUUGAAGGACUUUGUGCAUCUCUUAAGAGGGAGAAGCAGGAUGUGGAUACUGUCAAGAAGGGAAAUGAGUGUGGAUUAGUAAUCAGUAAUUGUUAUGAUUUUCAGAUUGGAGACGUCAUCCAAUGCUUGGAACAAGUUGUUAGGAAGCCCAAGUUCAUCAAGUCUGAGAGUGGUGCUGUUCGAAUUGAGUGCUGAUAAUGUUGAUAAUUCUUUCAAUACUCAUUUUUUUUGGGAUGGAAUCACACCCGAGCCGGAAGAAUAACUAAAUAUGGAUAGAUUAUUAGACUAGUUAAUUUUUGUUGUACCAAAAAAAGUAAAGAGCAAUUAAUUUUUGAAACAUAAUUUUAAUAGCUUAGUAUAUUAGUAUUUAGCUUGUGCGUUACAUGUGUACUUACCGGUGUUUAAGGAUCAUAUGUCAGAGCCGCAGCUCUAUACUUCCUUAAAAGAAUACAAAUGCAUUAAUUGUACCAAUAAGCCUACAAAAA